AUGGCACAGUCGUCAGUACAACACAUCAACUCACUCUCAACAUUCGAGUCGUUUAUUAGCAGAAAUCCAGUUGUGAUUGUCGACUUUUUUGCGACGUGGUGUGGACCAUGUAAGAGUAUUGCACCAUACUUCGAAGAAUUGGCUCGAAAAACACCAUCAAUAAAGUUUGUUAAAGUCGACGUUGAAGAAGGGGCAGACAUUGCCGGGAAGUAUUCUGUGCACUCCAUGCCAACAUUCAUUCUUUUUAAAAACGGGAGUGAGUUUGAUCGCUUCAGUGGUGCCGAUAGAACCAAGUUGUUAAGCUUCACACAAGUUUCUGGGGGUGGACAACCUCAUCGACUUCACGAAGAGCAAAACAAGAUGUCGAUGAUGCGAACAGUAGCUGCAAUUGUUAUCAUCUUUGUGACCGUUUUUGUUGUGAGCAAACUGAUGAAGUGA